AUGGAAACUUCCACCGCCCCAAAGGACUAUGGCAUGAUCACAGAGUACGACUAUGGGGACGCAACCCCGUGCCAGAAGGUAAAGGAGAGGGCUAUUGGGGCCCAGCUGCUGCCCCCCUUGUACUCAGUGGUAUUUGUCAUUGGCCUGGUAGGCAACAUCCUAGUGGUCCUGGUCCUCAUGCAAUACAAGAGGCUCAGAAGCAUGACCAGCAUCUACCUCCUCAACCUGGCCAUGUCUGACCUGAUCUUCCUCUUCACGCUGCCCUUCUGGAUUGACUACAAGCUGAAGGAUGACUGGAUUUUCGGUGAUCACAUGUGCAAGUUGCUCUCUGGGCUCUAUUUCAUGGGCUUGUACGGCGGGAUCUUCUUCAUCAUCCUGCUGACCAUCGACAGGUACCUGGCCAUUGUCCAUGCUGUGUUUGCCCUGCGGGCGCGGACCAUCACCUUUGGUAUCAUCACCAGCAUUGUCACCUGGGUCCUGGCCAUCUUGGCUUCUGUCCCGGGCUUGUACUUUUCCAAGACCCAGUGGGAAGUCACUCACUACACCUGCAGUCUUCAUUUUCCUCCUGAAAGCCUCAGAAAGUGGAAGCAGUUCCAGGCUCUGAAACUGAACAUCUUAGGGCUGGUGUUGCCUCUGUUGGUCAUGGUCGUCUCCUACACGGGGAUUAUAAAGGUUCUGCUCAGACGACCAAAUGAGAAGAAGUCCAAAGCUGUGCGUCUGAUUUUUGUCAUCAUGAUCAUCUUCUUUCUCUUUUGGACUCCGUACAAUCUGAGUGUGUUCGUGUGUGCUUUCCAAGACUCCCUGUUCAUCCAUGGGUGUGAGCAGAGCAGACAGCUGGACAUGGCCAUACAAGUGACAGAGGUGAUCGCCUACACACACUGUUGCAUCAACCCCGUGAUCUACGUCUUUGUCGGGGAAAGGUUCCGCAAGUAUCUACGGCAGCUGUUCCAUCAGCUGGUGGCUGUUCGCCUGGCUAAAUGUCUCCCAUUCCUCUCCACGGAGAGGCUGGAGAGGGUCAGCUCCAUGUCCCCCUCCACCGGGGAGCAUGAACUCUCUGCUGGGUUCUGA